GGGGUGCGGACUCCAAUUCCCAGCAUCCUUUGCCAUUCCGGCCCCGCCCUUUCCGGCGGCGCGCGGGGCCGCGGGGCUGCACCAUGAGCUCAGACAGCAGCCGGCUGCUGGGGGCCCGGCGCCCGGGCUACGGGACGCUGCAGCCGGACACCGACCCGGCCCACAUGGAGGUGACGGGUUACCAGCGCCGGCCGUGGCGGGUGCUGCUGUGCCACGCGGGCUCCGUGCUGAGCGCGGGGCUGCUCCUGCUGCUCUUCCACUGGAAGCCCAGCCUGGAGGUGCAGGCCAAGUGCCAGCCCUGUGCCCUGGGCCAGGCCGACUGGCUCAUCAUCAGGGACCGUUUUGGGCAGUGCUUCACCACCAAGGUGCUGACGGAGCCGCUCGGCGAGGCCAGCCUGGAGCAGCACCCCGGGGCCCAGCCGGAGCGCAGGAGCAGCGUGGCCGUGGCGGUGCCGGACGAGGACGAGAGCCGUGACACCGUGCGGCUGCACGACAAGGACGAGCAGAAGAACCUCCUGAGGUAUUACCUGUUCCAGGGAAUGCGCUACGUGUGGCUGGAGCGGCGGCAGGCCUUCUGCAGGGUCAGCGUCCUGGACGAGGGCUGGAGCUGCGCAGAGCUGCACCUGUGCCAGGCCGGGCUGGACCAGCAGGAGCACGGUGCCAGGAGGAAGAUCUACGGCCCCAACCUCAUCGAGGUGCCUGUCAAGUCCUACGCCAGGCUCCUGGUGGAGGAGGUGCUCAACCCCUUCUACCUGUUCCAAGUGCUCAGCAUGGUGCUGUGGGUGUGUGAUGCCUAUUACUACUACGCCGCCUGCAUCUUCCUCAUCUCCACCUUCUCGCUGGGGCUGUCCCUCUACGAGACGCGCAAGCAAAGCACCACGCUGCGGAACAUGGCCAGGAUGUCCGUGGGGGUCCGGGUGCGGCGGCCUGGAGGAGAGGAGCUGGUGGUCAGCUCGGCAGAGCUGGUGCCCGGGGACUGCAUCCGGCUGCCGGCGGCCGGGGCGGUGCUGCCGUGCGACGCGGCGCUGCUGAGCGGGGAGUGCAUGGUCAACGAGAGCCUGCUGACCGGGGAGAGCGUGCCGGUGAUGAAGACGCCGCUGCCGGCGGGCGGAGCCGCGUACUGCCCCGAGGAGCACCGGCGGCACACGCUGUUCUGCGGCACACAGGUCAUCCAGGCCAAGGCCUACGUGGGCGGGGAGGUGCUGGCCGUGGUCACCCGCACAGGGUUCUGCACAGCCAAGGGGGACCUCAUCAGCUCCAUCCUCUACCCCAAACCCGUGAGCUUCAAGUUCUACAAGGAUGCUGUGAAGUUUGUGCUGUUCCUCGCCAUCCUGGCUCUCAUCGGCACCUUGUACAGCAUCCUCAUCCUCAUUAGGAACAAGGUCCCGGUGGGACAAAUCAUCAUCCGCGCCCUGGACCUGGUCACCGUCAUCGUGCCGCCGGCGCUGCCGGCCGCCAUGACCGUGGGCACCAUCUACGCCCAGAACCGGCUGAAAAAGCAGGGAAUCUUCUGCAUCAGCCCCCCGCGGAUCAACCUGUGCGGGAAGAUCCGCCUGGUGUGCUUCGACAAGACGGGGACACUGACCCAGGAGGGGCUGGACGUGUGGGGCGUGGUGCCCCUGGAGCAGCAGCGCUUCCUGCCCAUCGUGCACGAGCCCCGCUGCCUGCCCGCCGGCGCCCUGCUCUACGCCCUGGCCACCUGCCACGCCGUGUCACCGCUGCGGGGACAGCUCGUCGGGGACCCCGUGGACAUCAAAAUGCUGGAAUCCACCGGCUGGCGCCUGGAGAUGAUGGAGGAGGAGGAGGAAGGGGAGCUCCCGGCGUUCCAGCAGUUUGAGAUGAAGGUCUUGGCUGUGGUGAAACCUCCACCAGAGGAGGAGCAACCUCGGGACAGGAGGCACCAGGCCCCGCUGGGGAUCCUGCGGCGUUUCCCGUUCUCCUCCUCCCUGCAGAGGAUGAGCGUCCUGGUCAAGCUGCCCGGGGAGGCCUCGGCCCACGCCUACGUCAAGGGCGCCCCGGAGAUGGUGGCCAGUCUGUGCAGGAAGGAAACUGUGCCCCCGGAUUUCUCCCAGAUGCUCCGGCACUACACCACCGACGGGUUCCGGGUCCUGGCUCUGGCCUGCAAAGCCCUGGGCACGGUGGCCACCUUUGAGGAGGCCCUGCAGCUCCCCAGGGACUCCGUGGAGAGCGGCCUGAACUUCCUGGGGUUCCUGGUCAUGAAGAACGUCCUGAAGCCGGAGUCUGCGCCGGUGAUCCAGCUGCUGAGGAGCGCCAACAUCCGCCCCGUCAUGGUGACAGGGGACAACAUGCUGACAGCCAUGAACGUGGCGCGGGGCUGCCGCAUGGUGGAGCCCAGGGAGGGCGUGAUCUUCGUCACAGCCUCGCCGCCCGGCCACGACAAACCCGCCGCCCUCAAGUUCGUCCUGGCCGAGCAUUCCCAAGGAGAGGAGCAGCCCGAGGGCCUGCAGCAGCGGGACAGCUCCUCCCUCCCACCCCGGCACUGCCACUUCGCCCUCAACGGGAAAUCCUUCCAGGUGGUCUGCGAGCACUUCUCCGAGCUGCUGCCCAGGAUCCUGCUCCGGGCCACCGUGUUUGCCCGCAUGCUGCCCGAGCAGAAGACGCAGCUGGUGUGCAGCCUGCAGGAGCUCAAUUACUGCGUGGGGAUGUGCGGGGACGGUGCCAACGACUGCGGGGCGCUGCGGGCGGCCGACGUGGGCAUCUCCCUGUCCGAGGCCGAGGCGUCCGUGGCCUCGCCCUUCACCUCCCGCGUGGCCACCAUCGAGUGCGUGCCCAGGGUCAUCCGGGAGGGCCGGUGCUCCUUGGUCACCUCCUUCGGGGUCUUCAAGUACAUGGCCCUGUACAGCCUGGUGCAGUUCGUGUCCGUGCUCCUGCUCUACACCAUCAACACCAACCUGAGUGAUUUCCAGUUCCUGUUCUUCGACCUGGUGAUCACCACCACGGUGGCGGUGCUGAUGGGGCGCACGGGGCCGGCGCCGGCGCUGGGCGUGCGGCGGCCGCAGGGAGCCCUGAUCAGUGUGCUGGUGCUGGGCAGCCUCCUGCUGCAGACAGCCCUGCUCAUCACCGUGCAGGUCCUCAGCUACUUCAUCACCGUCUCACAGAGCUGGUACGUCCCCCUGAACAGCACGGUGACAGCGCCCCAGAACCUGCCCAACUACGAGAACACCGUCCUGUUCUGUGUCACCGGCUUCCAGUACCUCAUCCUGGCCGUGGCCAUGUCCAAGGGCUACCCCUUCCGGGAGCCACUCUACACCAACGUGCUCUUCCUCCUCGUCCUCAUCCUGCUCUUCGGCCUGAUGGUCUGGCUGACCCUGUACCCGCUGGGCUUCCCCAAAUCCCUGCUGAAGCUCCAGCCCAUCGAGGAUUUCAAUUUCAAGCUGCUCCUCUUGGGCAUCGCCGCCCUCAACUUCUUCGCUGCCUUCGUGCUGGAGACCGCCCUGGAUCACGGCUUGCUCGGCUGCUUCCGAAGGCUGCGCCGGAAAAAAGCCUCCAAGAAGCUUUUCAAGAGGCUGGAGAAGGAGCUGAGCCAGCAGCAGCCAGCCUGGCCACCCCUGGACCAGCCCCUGUUUGCCACACCCAGGAUGUCCCUGGCCGUGAGAUAGCAGUGCCAGCUGUGCCUCUGCCCCAGCCCUCGGACACUUCCUUAAUUUAUUGAUCCCAGAAAAAGCAGGAAUGCAGCAGGCGGGAUCCCUCAGCAUCGCAGAUGGGAAUCCCACAGUGAUCCCGUGGCCACGGUGAUCCCAUGGGCACGGUGAUCCCAUGGGCACAGUGAUCCCGUGGGCACAGUGAUCCCAUGGGAACGGUGAUCCCAUGGACACAGUGAUCCCAUGGGAACAGUGAUCCCAUGGGCACGGUGAUCCCAUGGACACGGUGAUCCCAUGAGCACGGUGAUCCCAUGGGCACAGUGAUCCCAUGGGCACGGUGAUCCCAUGGGCACGGUGAUCCCAUGGGCACGGUGAUCCCAUGAGCACGGUGAUCCCAUGGACACAGUGAUCCCAUGGGCACAGUGAUCCCAUGAGCACAGUGAUCCCAUGAGCACAGUGAUCCCAUGGGAACAGUGAUCCCAUGGGCACGGUGAUCCCAUGGGCACAGUGGUCCCAUGGGAACGGUGAUCCCAUGGGCACACUGAGCCCACAGCCACACCUGAGCCCAUGGCCACAGUGAUCCUGUGGCCACACUGAGCCCACAGCCAUGCUGAUCCUGUGGCCACACUGAAUCCCUGGCCACACUGAUCCCAUGGCCAAGCUGAUCCUAUGGCCACACUGAUCCCACAGCCCCACUGAUCCCACAGCCCCACUACAGCCCCACUGAUCCCGUGGCCACACUGAUCCUACAGCCACUCCAAUGCCACGGCCACACUGAUCCCACGGCCACACUGAUCCCAUGGCCACACUGAUCUCUGAUCCCUCAGCCCCAUUGAUGCCAUGGCCACACUGAUCCCCUGGUCAUGCUGAUCCCAUUGCCACACUGAUCCCAUGGCCCCAUUGAUCCUGUGGCCACGCUGAUCCCACGACCACGUGAUUCUGUGGCCAGACUGAUCCCGUGGCCACCCUUAUCCCAUGGCCACCCUGAUCCCAUGGCCACCCUGAUCCCAUGGGCACCCUUAUCCCAUGGCCACACUGAUCCCGUGGCCACACUGAUCUCUGAUCCCUCAGCCCCAUUGAUCCCAUGGCCACACUGAUCCUGUGCCCACACUGAUCCCAUGGCCACAGCCCAGAGGAGCAGGAGGUGGAGGAGGAGGAUCCAGUGUGGCUCUUCCUGCAGGACUCCCCCCUCUCCCACACUGGCCACCGGGGCCAGUUGGGCCUCUCAUGUCCUGCCCAGGCCACCAGGAAAGGGGUCCCUGAUGCCCCAGCUAGGAAAGGGGUCCCUGAUGUCCCCAGGCUGCCAGGAAGGGGGUCUUGCAUGUCCCCAGGCCACCAGGAAAGGUGUCCCUGAUGUCCCCAGGCCACCAGGAAAGGGGUCCCCGAUGUCCCAGCCAGAAAGGGGGUCCUGCAUGUCCCCAGGAUGCCAGGAAAGGGGUCCCUGAUGUCCCCAAGCUACCAGAAAGGGGGCCCCUGAUGUCCCAGCCAGGAAAGGGGUCCCUGAUGUCCCCAAGCUAUCAGGAAGGGAGUCCCUGAUGUCCCCAGGCCACCAGGAAAGGCGUCCCCGAUGUCCCAGCCAGGAAAGGGGUCCCUGAUGUCCCCAAGCCCCAAGCUAUCAGGAAGGGAGUCUCUGAUGUCCCCAGGCCACCAGGAAAGGGGUCCCCGAUGUCCCCAGGCCACCAGGAAAGGGGUCCCCGAUGUCCCAGCCAGGAAAGGGGUCCCCGAUGUCCCCAGGCUGCCAGGAAAGGGGUCCCCAUUGUCCCAGCCAGGAAGGGGGUCCCCGAUGUCCCAGCCAGGAAGGGGGUCCUGCAUGUCCCCAGGCCACCAGGAAAGGCGUCCCCGAUGUCCCCAGGCCGCCAGGAAAGGGGUCCCCGAUGUCCCCAGCACCCCCAGCUGUGUCACUGUGAAGCCCCAGUCCCCUCUAGAUGUGUAGGGAGUUUACAGUCCCCGUUCCCAGCUUGCCGAGGCUGCUGCUCCAUCCCCAGCGCCUGGGGAUCCGCUCGGGAUGCUCGGGCAGAGCCCCUCUGCCUGGGGAUGGGACCUCUGUAGCAUUACAGACCCCACAAAUUCUCUAUUUUUUAACUCUUUCCCCGCCGGGAAGGCGACGGCGCCGCUCGCGGGCUCCGGACGGGGCUGUCACGGGUCUUGUCCAAUAAAUUAACACUUAUUUUCA